AAAAAUAUUCCCACAAAGAAAACUUCGGGCCCAGGGAGCUUCACUUGGGUGACUUCUACCAAACGCUCAAGGAAGAAAUAACCCUGGGCCUGGGCCGCCGACGCCCCCUGCGGGCCGGCCGGACCCCCGCGCUCGUCAGCCGCGCCCAACGCUCUGCUCGUGGGGCGCCCGCGGCCGGAUGCCCGGCGUCCGCACCCUCCUCGGCCUCCUGGCGGCCUUGGCGGCCUGCGGCGCUGUCGUCUUCCUUGGCUACUGCGUUCACUUCGACCGGAAGCGGCGCGGCGACCCCGCGUUCAAGCGCCGUCUGCGAGACAAAAGAAGACGAGCCGAACAAAAGGCCGAGGAUCGCUGUGCCCAGUUGUGGGAUCCAGCAAAGAAUGAAAAAUUGCAAGAACUUUUUCUGCAAGAGGUCCAGAUGGGAGAACUUUGGUUAUCUAGAGGACAGCAUAGAAUGGGGGUUGAACAUCUCAGCAAUGCCUUUUUACUGUGUGGCCAACCACAGGAACUUCUUAAGAUUUUCAAACACACACUCCCUCCUAAAGUAUUUGAGAUGCUUUUGCACAAAAUUCCCCUUAUUUGCCAGCAAUUUGAGGCAGACAUGAACGAACAGGAAUGCUUGGAGGAUGAUCCUGAUUGAAAAACAUUUCAACGUAUCCAAAGUCCAGUCAGAUAUUAUGGUAUUAUAUAGUAUAAAACAACUGCUCAGUGAUAUUUCCAUUUAUUUAACUUACAGUAAUAAAACUUUUUUUCUAUCUCAUACAUGAUUGAACACAUAUUUUUGUUUUAAAAUUAACAGUCGUAAGUGAAGAAACAAUAGUUUAUUUUUUUGA